UUGAAGGGAAAAUUGAGAAAGAAACCCAUAUACGCCCACGUCCGAUUCCACAGUCUUUUCCUGGACAAGAUAGGACACUGCUGGGGGGAGUGAUUGGCUGAGCCGGCAGAGCCUACACCAAGCCCCCCCCAGGCUUAUGAUGUCUUUGUGCCCCAAUCUGCCAUAGAGAGAGAAUUUGCUUAAAAGGUGGAUUCAGUGUAGAGUUUUUGUAAACAAUUGACAAUGUUUAUUAGAUGUUUAUUUAUGGCUUCAUCUCAUUCACAGACAAAUUAUUGUUCCUACAGUUCCCUAUUGCUGAGCUGCUAUUCUGUGAGAUGUCUAUGGUGCUUUCAUGUGCACUUGAUUCUUCUCUUCUUCUUUUUUUUAAUCGUUGACAGCAUUGUGAGAAACAUAACAUAAAAAUGGGUAAAACAGGGUGUCUACUGUUGAAAGCAUUUAGCACAUGUUUAUUGUCCCGAAUGAUGGUCCUGUAGUGCAUAGGAUUUUUGAAGCCGUUGUUGCAUUUGACAUGAAACAAAGUUUGGACUAACCAGGUUAUUUUCUAGAUUUAGAACUCAAUACUGUCACUCAGCAUCAGCAAGCAGAAGUUUCCUUAACAUCCUCUCUGGUCUGAGUCAUGGAGACUACGUUAAGGCGCUUAUAUGUUGGUGGCAUCGGCCCAUCUGUCACUGAUGAAGAACUUUCUGAAAGGUUUGGCAGGUUCGGAAAGGUGGAUGAAGUGGACAUCAUUUCCCGAAAAGACGAUCAGGGUAACCCAAUAAAGACUUUUGCCUACCUGAACAUUAAUAUCUCAGAUGCAGACCUGAAAAAAUGUAUCUCUCUUCUGAAUAAGACAAAAUGGAAAGGAGGAGUGUUACAGAUAGAAACUGCCAAGGAAAGUUUUUUGCAUAAGCUGGAGCAAGAGAGACAAGCAGCCAAAGAGAAGAAGAAACCGAAGGAACAAAGCCACCCACAAAAUGACCUUCUGCAGUCUCUAGAAAAAUCCGGCGUCACUGACUUUCAGAUGAAAGCGGCCGUACCAGGCACUGAAGUUCCAAAUCAUAAGAACUGGGUGGUGAGCAAAUAUGGACGAGUUCUACCUGUGCUUCAUUUAAAGGGAAACAAACAAAGCAAAAUCAUGAAAUGUGACCCCUCAAAAUAUUGCCAUAACAUUAAAAGACUAGACGUUUCCCUUGAGUCGACACCUGUGUCCCAGCUGACUUGGCAUCUGGAUGGGGGCGAUGAUGAUAUCAGCAAAAAACGCAGGGGAGAAUUUCCAGAAUAUAAGAGUCCAGUAAAGAAGAGCAAACUCAAUUCUUAUCUCAGAUCAAGUAAGAGUGAUGAAAAAGGACAAAGUGUCAGAACACCUCAGACCACGCUCCAAAGGGCCAAUGACGUUUUAGUGGCUCAACACAAAAGGGAUAAUUUUAAGGAAAAGAGCCGAGGUUAUGUGGGGAAUAGAAGCAUGAACAGCAUGUCUGAUGGGGAGUACGACUCUGAAGAAGAACUGAAAGUUAUUAUUGAAAGGGAGAAAAUAGUGCAAGAAAGUGGAAGACAUUCUGAUGAUAACAAUAUAGAAGUUGUAGAUGACUCUUUCACGCCCAAGUACAAAACACAUUGGGCAGAGGAGAUCCCAAAACGCAGCAGCACUAAAGAUGACAAUGAGUAUGACUCUGCCGAUACAGAUGAGAUCAUCACCGUGGCAAAAACUACCAAGAACUGCAGGAAUGACAAGAAGGAAAAGGCCAGAAAUGGUAAUGUGGUCUCCUCAGAUCUGAAUAUCUCAAAAUGCAAUGUGAAACGUAAAGAUGAAGAAAAUGGGACAGAAGAAGAGAGUCAAAGUAAUGACUCUGAAACAGAGGGCGGCAGCGAUUCCUAUUCAGACGAAGAAUAUGAGUCCAUGAUGCAAAACUGCUAUCGACUGGAUCUCUCGAUGGGAGACCUUGAGGCACUUGCUAAAGAAGCCGGCCAAUCUGGUAGUGAAAAUACAGAUGAAAGUAAUGGUUCUGACCAGGAGGAUGACUCUGCUGAUGAUAUUGCUAAAACAUGUGAUAGUGUAGGUGACCUAAAGAGAUCCGAUGGCGAUCAAACAACUAAAAAGAAGAAAAAAUCUAAAGCUGCACCUGCUGGAGAUCUGGGAGCAGUUAUCUGUAAUAAUAAGAAUUCAGAAAGCAGUAGUUCCCAUUCAGAACAUGAAAGUGGAUCAAUGAAGCAAGAUCUCAAGUCCUUAGAAAAAUCAGUAUCUAAACAGUCGUCCAAUAUUGAUGAUGGAACAGAUGUCAGAAGCAAAGAUGAAAAAGCAGCAACUAAAACACAGAAAGAAGCAAAAAACAACAAUGAAAAUGCAGCGGUUCUUAGGAAUCAAAAGAGAAAGAAAGGUAUUGAACCUGAUGACAUUGUGACUUCAAUUUUAGAAGAUAAGGAUGAUGAUGAUCGCUCACAUAAUCAACGAAAGCGAAAAAAAAAGAAAAAUCCUUCAAACUUACCUCCAGCAUUUAAAGGGUUGGGGUCGUUGACACCAUUAUCAGACUCUAGUGAAACAAAAGCCGGAUCUUCCUCAGUGUCAUGUGGUCAACCUACAACUGCUGUGGGUGUCAGCAGUAAGUCAAAUGUAAAUAGUACACCUAGUGAAAGUAAAGUAAAGCAGGAUUCCAAGAAUAGUGGUCAAAUGCCUCCUAAACCUGUCAAAAAAACAUCAACCAAUAUCCAGCAGACAAGUGAAGAUGAUGAUGGUGGAAGUAGUAGUAGUAGUGAGGAGUCUAGCACUGAUGAUGAAUCAAGUUCUGCCCCAUCCCCAGUUGCUAAACCAAAGGUCUCCCUGCAAAGCAGCACCAAGGAGCAGCCCAUAUCCAAAGCUAAACAGCUUAAAGAUAAUCAGAAGCGCCUGGCAGCGAUGGAAGAACGGAGGAAAGAACGGGAGCAGCAGAAACGGACCAUUCAAGGAGCUCUGCUAAAACUGGAUUCCCAGUCGGCCAACAAGAGCCAGCACAUUGUGUUUAAUUCUGAAUCUGAGGAAGAAAGUGAGAAGGAAGAGGAAGCAAGUACAAGCAACGUACAAAGUGACAACAUGGUAACACCUGCCAAAUCUAAGCUGUUUGACAGCAGUGGAGAAGAUUCAGAUGAUGAAGAAGAGAAAGAUGAUGAAAGGUUUGAAAUAAAGACUCAAUAUGAAGGUCGAUCUGGUGCCAAGCUCAUGCAGUUGCAGUCCCGCUUUAGAACUGAUGAACGGUUUAAAAUGGACGCACGAUUUUUAGAAGAUAGUAGUGAGGAUGAGGAAGAAGCAGAACAACCACAGAAUUUGCAGAUGGAUGAAGACGGACUGUCAGCUGAAAAGAAGAGGAACCUGGACAUCCUGCAGAGCGUCCUAAAUAUUAAUGUGGCGCCACAGCCUGCAAGCAAAAAGGCGGCUAAAACAAAGAAAUUCAAGGACCUGAAUGCCCUCCAAUAUGAUCCCACCAAGGAGGACCAUGCAGUAUUUGAAACCAAAGCAGAGGAAGAGAAGAAAGAAAGCAAAUCGGAGAUAAAGAAGAAGCGACUGGAAGCAGAAAAGCUACCUGAAGUCUCUAAAGAACUCUUCCAUGAGGUCACAGCGGACUUGAAAGAUGUGUUUGGUGCCCCAAAACCUCAGGUCACGGAGGAGCCAGAGAUAACCUGGGACCAAAUGGAGAAACCUCAGAAGAUGGAAGCUGAGAGCUCAAUGGCAGAUGUGGACCUUAGUUUCCAGAAGAAGGAGGAGUCUGCAGGGUUCACAUUUUCUUUCUUUGGAACAAGUACAGAGGAGAGCAUCCUUCAGGAUGAACCCUAUAAAAUUGAAACUAUUAAACCAGCUAAAGUGGCCUGGCAGGAAAAUCCAAGAUUCCAGGACAGCAGCUCUGAAGGAGAAGAGGAGGAGGACACCCCAGUCAAUACAGGUUCACAGUUACAAAAAAACAGCAGCAUCAGGUUUUUCUUUUUUGUGAAAGAUGACACACGGUUAAAAGAGGGUCCAAGGAUGUUCUUCCGAUCAGCAGAAUCUCAGCAAAAGGCAAAAGAAUGGGAUUACAUGAGAGACACCAUUAUGGAGGAAUGCAGGAAGAGGCACCGAGAUGCAAAGAGGAAGCUGAAAUCCAGACGUUAACCUGACCUUAAACAGUCCCGUCUUUAUAUGUAUGUAAAAGGAUGCGCUACCAUGAGGACUUGCGUAUAUCAUAAGACAAUGACCUGGGGAGCGAUGACACUGCUUCCUAUGGAAGAAAUCUUAUAACACCAUUAUUACAAAGGCUUUAUUUAAAUGGACUGCAAACUAUAAAUGGAUGUAAUAUAAAGAAAAUUUUUCCUAAAAAUUUUUUAUUUUUUUUUUGUAUUUUUUUGUUUUUGUUUGCUUUUUCAAUAAUAUUAACUGUUUGAUACAUAUAUCCAUUUGUAAAUAAAAAUUCUAAAUUAA